CAGUGAGGCCGCCUACGGCGGCGCAGGCGUGAGUGUUAGCCGGUGUGCAGUCUAUGGAGUCAGUUGUUCCCCGCGGCGUCGCGGAGGCAGGAGGUGGUGUCCGAGUGGGGGCCUUUGCCCCGCCAGGAUGUUACCGGGCUUGGCCGCCGCCACUGCGGCCCACAGAUGUAGCUGGUCCUCCCUCUGCUGGCUCCAUCUGCGCUGCAGGGCGGCGGCCCACGGCUCCAGCGAGCGCCAGGAAUGGCAGAAUGUAGUGACUUUGGGAAGCUUUUCAAACAUGGUUCGCUAUAGUCACCCAUUUAUUUGUACACUGAGUCAAGUGAAGUCAUACUCCACAAAUGUUCAGAAGGAAGGACAGGGAUCACAGACUCUCAGAGUGGAAAAAGUGCCAUCAUUUGAUGAAACAGCAGAAAAUAUAGGCGCUGAACUGAAAGCUCCACUUAUUAAGCAAGAGCCUCUCCAAGUAAGAGUCAAAGCAGUCCUUAAGAAGAGGGAGUAUGGACCAAAGUACACUCAGAAUAAUUUCAUCACUGGAGUCAGAGCAAUAAAUGAGUUCUGCCUUAAAUCCAGUGAUCUAGACCAGCUUCGAAAAAUCAGACGACGAAGUCCUCAUGAAGAUACUGAGUCCUUUACUGUAUACUUGAGAUCAGAUGUGGAGGCAAAAUCCUUGGAAGUUUGGGGAAGCCCUGAAGCUCUGGCCAGAGAGAAAAAACUGCGUAAAGAAGCAGAAAUAGAAUACAGAGAAAGGCUAUUUAGAAACCAAAAGAUACUAAGAGAAUAUAGAGACUUCCUGGGAAACACCAAGCCACGGUCCAGAACGACAUCAGUUUUUUUUAAAGGGCCAGGAAAAGUGGUGAUGGUUGCCAUUUGCAUCAAUGGAUUAAACUGCUUCUUUAAAUUUCUUGCCUGGAUUUAUACGGGUUCAGCAAGUAUGUUCUCUGAAGCUAUACACUCUUUAUCUGAUACUUGUAAUCAGGGUUUGCUAGCAGUGGGCAUCAGUAAGUCUGUUCAAACACCAGAUCCUACUCAUCCGUAUGGAUUUUCAAAUAUGCGCUAUAUUGCUUCACUAAUUAGUGGUGUUGGUAUUUUCAUGAUGGGUGCAGGAUUAUCUUGGUACCACGGAAUCAUGGGAUUGCUUAAUCCUCAACCAAUGGAAUCCCUUCUAUGGGCGUAUUGUAUUUUAGCGGGAUCAUUAGCAUCUGAAGGAGCAACACUUCUUGUUGCUGUAAAUGAACUUCGUAGGAGUGCUCGGGCCAAAGGAAUGUCAUUUUAUAAAUAUGUAAUGGAAAGUCGUGAUCCUAGUACAAAUGUUAUAUUACUGGAGGAUACUGCAGCGGUCUUGGGAGUGACCAUAGCAGCUACGUGUAUGGGCCUUACUUCUAUAACAGGUAAUCCUCUGUAUGACAGCCUAGGUUCUUUGGGUGUGGGCACGUUAUUAGGCAUGGUCUCAGCAUUCCUGAUCUACACCAACACGGAAGCUCUCUUAGGGCGAUCCAUCCAGCCAGAACAAGUACAACGGCUUACUGAACUCCUGGAGAACGACCCAUCAGUAAGGGCAAUUCAUGACGUUAAAGCCACAGAUCUGUGAUUAGGGAAAGUAAGAUUUAAGGCAGAAGUAGAUUUUGAUGGACGAGUUGUUACAAGAUCGUAUUUGGAAAAACAAGAUUUUGACAAAUGCUACAGGAAAUUCAAGAAGUGAAAACUCCUGAAGAACUAGAGACCUUUAUGCUUAAACAUGGAGAAAACAUUAUUGAUACUUUAGGAGCUGAAGUAGAUAGACUGGAGAAAGAGCUAAAAAAACGAAAUCCUGAAGUGCGACAUGUGGAUUUGGAGAUAUUAUAGAUUUGAUGGAAUGAAUCACCUUGGAAGGAAGCCUUGGAAACAAGUUUGGCAAGCCUGCUCUCCCACAUCAAAGGAGUCCAUGCUACUCAGAAGCUGUUUUUUUAAGAUGGAGGAAAUACUUAAUGUGAAGGGCAGUUCAGCAGUCUACAGAACUAAUACUACUUCAUGUUUCUGAGAGACAUAUUACAAGUUGAAUCAAUUUGGAAAUCUUGUUUUUAUGUUUCAGUAGAGAACAUUUUAGUUAUCUAAAUUGUUCAUAAUUUUUCAUUUUACCCCAUCAGGGUGUAUUGUACCUUGUAAUCAUGUUUCCUUUCUUCACAUUGGUAAAAAUAAGCGACAUCCAUAGGAUUACAAUUUUUAAUUUUAUGACCACUGAAGAUUUCACUCCAUCAAAACCCAUCAGUCUUGAACAUCCUGGCUAAAUCUUGGUUUUUAAACAGUCACCCUGUUUUUUUUUCUUAUAGAAUGUGGGAAUUAUUUUUACAUAAUUCUGCCCUGAGCACUAAGAGGAACACUUUCCUAACCGAGUUAUCCACAAAUGUUCAUUCCAGAAAUGGCUUAGUUACUGAAUUGAAGGAAGACAUGUCAGUCCACUCUUUUAGGCUAUAGUAGUUGCCAUUUUGUAAAAUUUCUAUCUCUCCUUAACCUUUUUUCUUUCUUUAGUUUAAUUUUUCCAGUGUAGGAGAUCCAAAAUAACCCUAGAUGUUUCCAUAGGCCAGUUUGAUGGCUGUUUUUGUUUGUUUUCAUUUUUUUCACUGGCUUCGGUGCCAUAAUGUGUAUUUACUAGGAGGUAAUGCAUUUAUAAGCAUUUUAACAUUCUGUAAAAUGGACUAGAAGUAUUUAUAAUUUUGCAGACAGGACAGCAUUUUAUUUUUAAUUUAUUUAAAAAGGCACUACUCAUGUAAAUCUGAACCGUAGGGUAUUUCUUGCUUUAAGAGAAAGAGAAGUAAAUCUCUUCUUAUGCAGAAACUUGUGGCCAUGAUUUUGUAUAAUGUCAUAGUCAAUAGUGUGUCUGUAAUAUGAGUUUUUUGCAGUUAUAAAUGGGCGUUUAACAUAAUAUAUGGCUAAAACAUUAUGUAAUUAAGCAGCUUUCUAGUGAUCAUCAGGUAUCAUGGUGAAAAAGCCUACAAUUCCGUAAUGGGAAAUUUAGUGCGAAACCGUAGCUGUGUCUCCGUUCAUCAGAAUUACUUGGGGCGCCUGGGUGGCUCAGUGGGUUAAGCCGCUGCCUUCAGCUCAGGUCAUGAUCGAGGGUCCUGGGAUCAAGGCCCACAUCGGGCUCUCUGCUCAGCAGGGGGGCUGCUCCCCCCCCCACCCCCGCUUCUCUGCCUACUUGUGAUCUCUUUCUCUGUCAAAUAAACAAAUAAAAUCUUUAAAAAAAAAAAAAAAGCAAACAACAACAAAAAAACCCCAACUCAUAUGCACUUUAAGUUGUUCAGGUAGCAGAGAGAAUCGUCCAGGCAAGAGUGACGGCUGGGUGAUUUCUUUUGCUGGAUAAGUGAGUGUUUGACCUAAGGACCUAACUGUAUGAGGUCAGUGUCUAAAAACCUACUCAGAUUGAGGUUUAUGAAUCACAGCAAAUUGUAAUCCUGGAAACAAAAAAUAAACAUUUGGUUAAAGGGGUUGUAAUGGUAGUUUUUUGAUCCAGGAAUGUCAUUUAUUGGAAAAUUAUGAAAAUUUACAUCAGUGUACUUUUUAUUUUUACCAUUACAGAGCAUUUUGAAUGUUGUACAUUUUAAGUGAAAUAACAUUCCAGUUUUAUUUUUGAAGAUACAAAAUUAUUAUGUACAUACAUAUAUACAUGUAACACACACAGUUUGAUUCUCUUACGGUUUCAGAUUCUUUACCCUUUUUUUUUUAAAACUGUUUUUGACCCAUUAUACUUCACUCCGUACUUCUAAUGUCUAGUUCCCACUUGUCAUUUGUCCCAUGUCACUGUCAUAUGGGAAAGUACCAAGUUAUAUGCAAUUUCCUCCCAGUAAAAUUACUCUGAAAAACUUCACAUAGCUAUAAGAGAGUAAUUAACUCAUUUAGAAAAAAUGUUACAGUUGGUGUGCACAAAUAACAGUGUGCACUGUUAUUCUAAAUGGUAGAUUUUUUAAAGAUUCCCUAAAAGAAACCAAUUCCUGAUAUUUCAUUGAGUUUUCUAAUCUGAUUUUGAUUGAAGUCAUGCCAGUUCUUAAAUAAUAAUAGAAGGCUUACGUUUGUCUUUUCCUUCCAUUUUUGUUCUGUACUAAUAUUGUAAAGUUUAACAAAAUUUGACAUAAAGACGUAUGGCAUUAUCUAAGAA